AUGGACUACUUAUUUAGGGGUUUUACUCUUGUUGUAAUAGUAGUUAUUGUCUACGCUGGUGAUCUGCCAUAUCAAGAUAGAGAACGAAUCCAUUGCUAUCCAGAUCGAAAAUUGCCGUUUUCAAAAGAAGAAUGUCUAGCACAUAAAUGUCUAUUUGAUGAUAAAGCACUUCCAAAUAAACUUCAAUGUUAUAGAGUGAAAAUUAGUUUUCAAAAUAAGAAGAUAGUAUUGAAAGAGCAGAAUGAUUCCAAAUAUCGAAUUGAUUGUGCAUCGGAUAUUGAUGAAUAUCGAUCUUUCUGUGUAUUUGAUGUUACACAAAAUCGAACUUUAAAUAUGACUAAUCAAACAUGUACGAAUCGUGGAUGUACCUGGGAUCCAAAUGCGAGUUCAGGCAUUGCUACUUGUUAUAUUCCAAUAGAAAAGGAUGGUUACAAUGUAACAGAACAAUUAAAUCCCAAUUCGAAUGCUACUAUUCAUUAUACACUCAAUCGAUUGAACAAUGGAUUUUCUAUAUUCAAUCAUGAUAUAAAUAAAUUAGAUAUUCAAGUAAGUGUUUCAGGACCUGAAAUGAUCCGUAUGACUAUACGCGAUGCAAGUGCAACACGAUAUGAAGUACCUGUUCUUAUUCAUUGGGAUCCAUUAGUUUCAACUGCAUUUCCAGCAAGAAUUAAAUUUGAAAUGACUCAAAAUGAAUAUGGACAAAAUGGCUUUCGAGUAAAACGUACCGAUACACAAUCCAUUCUUUUUGAUACAUCAUUCUUUGCCAAUGGUUUUGUCUAUGAUGAUAAAUUUAUUCAAAUAAUUACAACAAUUCCAUCAAGAAAUAUUUAUGAAAAAAGACGAUGUGCAACAUAA